AUGCCUAAAAUCACCGAGAUCUUCUUCGACUGCGACAACACCCUCGUCCUCUCCGAGGAGUUGGCAUUUGAGGCCUGCGCCGAACUCGCCAAUGAGAUCCUGGAGAAGCAGAACAUCCCGGACCGGUACACUGGGGAACAGCUCAUCCAGGACUUUGUCGGUCAGAACUUCCGGGGUAUGAUGGUCUCUCUGCAGGCCAAGUACAACUUCGAUCUGCCCAAGGAGGAGCUGGAGGGCUAUGUCACCAAGGAGGAGGACAAGGUGAUCGCCAAGCUGACCGAAAAGGCUCAGCCUUGUGUGGGCGCUACCGAGGAGCUCCAGAAGCUGUAUGAUUCGAAGAAAUAUGACCUUGCCGUGGUCUCGUCGUCUGCUUUGCGCCGGGUAGUGGCCUCAAUCAAGAAGGUAGACCAGGCCAAGUUCUUUGAUGAGGACAAGGUCUUCAGCGCGGCUACUUCGCUCGAGAAACCCACUUCCAAGCCCGACCCGGCCAUCUACCUCCACGCCUUGAAGAAGUGCGGCAAGGAGGCCAACGAGGUUGUCGCGAUCGAGGAUAGCAAGUCAGGCGCCCUCAGUGCCAUCCGCGCCGGCAUCCACGUUAUCGGAUACGUUGGCAGCUACCCCGGAGACGCCAAGAAGAUUGAAAUGACGAAGCUCCUCCAGGACCUCGGAGCCAAGGUCAUCAUGAAGGAUUGGUCCGAGUUCGAGCAGUGCUUGGCUGAGAUCGAGAAGUCGUGA